AUGUUAAUUUUCACGUCUACUGAAAAAGACAAACCAGUUUUGAAUCAUAAUGGGUAUCAAUACACUAAAAAACGAGCAAACAAAACAAAUAAUGAAUGGCGGUGUCGAAAUCGAACAUGUUCAAGUACAAUAUCAUUAUGUACAAACGAUGUGAGAAUUUUACGGAAUGAAUCAGCGCACACAUGCCAACCAGAUACCACCAAAGUCCUCAUCGAUAUUGCUGUUGAUAAUAUGAAAAAACGUGGAAACAGAGAGGAAACGCUACCUAUUCCAAAAAUAUAUUCACAAGAGGUCGUCAGAGCAAGAGUUGCCAAUCCUGGUCUUGCAACUGGUCGUGUGUUUCCAACACUUCCGAAUGUUGAUGCUUCACUUUAUCAUCGUAGAGCGCUUAAUUACCCUAAAUUGCCAACAACUACCGAUGAGAUCGCUUUGACUGGCUUAUGGAGGCUAUCGAAAGAAGGAGGAGAAUUCUUACUUGUUGAUGAAAAAUGUACACCCUGCCACUAA